UACAAUUUUUUACUUUCUAAGUUUGUGUUUAAUUAUUAACGUAAAAUGGACAUUCACGCAAAAAUUAAACAAAAGUAAGUUGAUUAGUUGAAUAUUUUCUAAGUAUUAAUUAUAUGUUUGCUUUAGAUGAAGGUUUAAACACAUCUUGUAAGUGUUACAUGCUGGGAACUGUUGAAAACGAAGGAAAAUCAAAGUGUAAUGAAAGAGGAAUCUGUGAAUGUCUCCCAAAUGUAAUUGGGAAGAAUUGUAAUCAAUGUAAACAUGGCUACUAUGGAAUUUUAAGUGGAAAGGGUUGUAAAGCAUGUGAUUGUGAUCAAAAUGGAGCUGAAAGUGAUCAGUGUCAUGCACAAACCGGAGAAUGUUUAUGUAAAGAUGGAUUUACUGGUUUAAAGUGUAAUAUGUGUGAGGAUUUACAAACUACAGGAUGUACAACACCCUGUGAUAAAUACCGAUCAGUUGAUCCACUUUUUCUGCGUGAAAAUGGCACCUGUGAGUGUAAACCGAAUGCAAAUGGCGCCCAAUGCGCACAGUGUGAUGCGAACUUCUAUUUUAAUACAACUACAUUGACUUGUACCAAAUGUCCACAGUGUUACAACGUUUUAAGUGAAAAACUUAUCAAUUUGAAUGAUAAUCUCCAAAAAAUCACAGGGAUGAUAGAUGAUUAUCUAAAUAAUGUAACACAGUCUAAACAUGAGUAUAAGUUUCUUGUGAAACUAAAAACAGUUGAGAAUAACAUUUGUGGCAUGUUGGGUUCAUUGAUGAAGAAGCCACAGAUUCAAUACAUUGUUAAACUGAAUCAUUUGGAAACCAUCUUGGAUAUUACAGAGAAAGCAAUCAGUGACAUUGCUAUGUAUUUAAAUGGACAUAUUAACUAUAAAUACUUUGAAAAUGAACUAAAACGGCUAGAAAGAUUGAUAUCGGAUAUUUCUAAGAAGAUAAAAUCAUCUGAAUUUGGACCAGAUCCAAAUCAAGAGAAAUUAGAGAACUUUGUUGAAGAUUCAGAUGCAGAAGUUGAAAAAAUAGAGAAAAUAGUUGAUGAUAACGAGAAAUUACGACCAGAAGUUGAUCAGAAUUCGACUAAUGCUAAAGAAACACUUGAAAACUUUAAGCAGAAGCAGUCAGAUGGUUUGGAAGGUCAUAACUUUGGAAAUUUAACCUCUGCUAAAGAAAUAUUAGAUAAAGCAGCGAAAUAUUUAACUGAAACACGUAGUAAUCAUAAAACUGCCAAGGAUUACUUAGACGAAGCAAAGAAAUUGAAACUACCAGAAUGGAUUGAACAUCAGGAAGAAGAAGUGGAUCCUAUGAUAAAUGGUAAUUUUGAUGAUUUAUCGAAAAAGAUUGAGCAAGCAAAGAAGAAAUUUGAUAAAAUCAAUGAAUUCCUCAAUGCUUUGAAUAAAACUGAGGCUGUAAAUGAUACUAAAAUCAAUGAUUACUUGUCUAAUAACAAAACAGGUUUGUUUUCUAAAGUGGAGACAAUACAAAGCGAUUUAACAGACACUCUGGAUGAGUUACAAGCAGUCAGAAGUGAUUUAAACGAAGAAAUGAAUGAGAUUGACAAAAAUAUCACUAAACUAAACAGUGAUAUUGAUAAGGAACACCAACGACUUAAAGAUAUACAAACUUGUAUUGAAGAGCAGAAACAACAUAUUACAGACCAUGAUAAACAGAAUGGGGGAUUAAAAGCUGAUGAAGAUAAACUAAACAAUUUACUAAAACAAUUGAAGAAGUUCAAAAAACAACGUAAGCAGUUUCGUCAAUCUGUAAAAGAUAUGAAUGAGUUGCUAGCUAAGAAAAGAAAAAUAAUUGCUUUAAUUGAUGAAGCUAACAAAAUUAUUGAUGAAUUUAAAACUUAUAUUCAGAAUUACAACGAUUUGAUUGCAAUGAUGGAGGAGUUAAUCAAGUAUUUAGAAUUAAUACCGAUUGAUGAGCUUGAUGAAAUUGAGCGUCUUAUACAAUCGUAUGAAGAAUAUUUUCAUAAUAUUGAAAUUUUGAUAAAUGAAAAGAAGAUGUUGGAGAAAGAAAUGGAUAAACUUUCAAUAUAUUUUAGCUCAUUGCCGGAUGGAACGUUUAUAGAAUGUGAGAAAAAUAUUACAUAUACAUAAAUAAUGAAUGUUUAAACAAAUUAAUAUAUAAAUAAAUAUAGAAUUUACAUAAAUUAGAUGUAAAAAGUUAAAAUUUUUGAAGUUUGCAAGUAAGAAAUAAAAGGUGUAUGUUUGGUUGCCUAUGUUAAACUUGCAUUGUAGAAUUAAGUUUUGUGUUCUUUAAAAAAUAUUUUCAAGCUUUAAAAUAAAAACUAUUGUUUGUAUUUAUAUUUAUUAAUAUAAAACUAUAAUAUAAUUUAUAGAUUUAAUGUUUGUAGUGAAGAUUGUAAUAAAAACGUUUUUAGUUGUUGUUUCGUGACAA